AAUGUAAAUGGCAGACCUCAGUCCAAAUACAGUUCUAACCGACGUUGUGUUAAGUUUCAUUGAUGGUUUUUAUGUUUUAUCCUUAGCUCUUUUAUCCAAAAAUUUAUUCUCGUGAAGAUUUUUGCCAAGAAUAAAUUGUGUUCUGAUUAUUUUCUAAAAUUGUGUUCUGGUUUGGCAAGUUCUAAAAUAUAAUGCACUGCGUUUAAGAUCUUUAAUAUCCAAAUAGCAAUAAAAACGUACCGGUAUAUAAUAAAAAGAUGCGUGGAGUAAUUACUCUCUAUUUGCUUGCAUUAAAACGUUCCAGAAUUAAUAAAUUCACUCUACUAACGAGUAGGGCUUUAGAAAUAUAGAUAUGCACAUGGCCAGUGGCUUCUAAUGAUUCAAUCAAAUCAUUAACUGCAUUUCAUAUGUGCAAAUAGCUAUCUAAAUUCAGGGCACUAAUGACGAAACUUUUCUAAAAGAAUCCUAAGGAUGGAAUAUCGUUUCCGACUUAGUGAAUAACACCACGCCCAGAGCAUGGAGCCUAUAAAUGAUGAUAAAGUUACUAUUAGGGUAAUGCAGUUUGUAGUGUCCAGUAAACAGGUUAUAAAACACCAGCAUAUAUUUCAUGAGAGUAGCUGUAGGCCUUAAAAAUGGUCAGAAUACUAGCAGAUACGCAGAAGAUAGGCAGCAAGUUUUGCUGGCCUGAGCCAGGUUCAAAAGUCGGCAUAACAUUUGGAAGUAGAAGAGGAAAAAACAUGUGCUUGGAACGACUGCCACGAGGUGGUCUAAUGAUGGCUCAAUCUCCGCAUAAGAAAUCACGGUACCUAAAUCUUCAUGAUUUAUGUUCAAUUAUCAGAAAGUUACCACAUUCUAUUGGCUUGUUGCACCAAUCUGUUUGAAAGCGAAUGAAUUAGAGAUGAAGAUCACCAAAUCUUUCAAGAACGAUUCAAGGUAUACAUAGCUACUAAAUAGAUAAAGUUUAUCCAAACUGUUUUUGGCUGAUCAUCAAUUCUAGCAGGUUUUUACUAGCCCAUAUUCUUCAAAUGUUGAUGCAUAGAGACAUUCUCGUCAUGUGAAGCAGAUAAAUUUGCUUAAUUCUAAAAAUCAUUAGCUAAUGUAGAUGCAUUUCCAGAAGAAAAAAAUUUGGAACAUUUUAAGUUAUAGAUAUUGCAUGGAAAUCUACAAAAAGUAAGCAGAAAUGGAAAUGUCAAAAACUAACUUUUAUAACACAAUAAAAAGAGCAUAAAAAAUGGUCAAGGCUCUGAAAUUUCUCCUUUUGCAUCCUUAAUUAAACAAUUUUUAUAAGCUCAGAUAAUUUUCGCAGCAAUAGUUGUGACGUCAAAAAACUUGUUUAUUUGAAAAAUAACAUGAAAAUGCGGAAACGCAUAACUAGUAGAAUUAUACUGACUUUCCAAAGGAUCACCAUUAUCGAUCCGGCACUUACAGUGAAAAGUAAAACUAAUCGGUUAGCUCUUCACAGUACAUAAGUAAAUCUGAAUUUAAUACAACAGGAAUUGCAAAAAAAUUCAUUGCAAAUUUGCACGAUUAUUGUCUAGCUAGUUCAAAUGCUAGUUCAAUUGUCUAACAUCAAAUGCUUUUCAAAAACAAAAUGUAGAAGACCAAAGGCCUGAUAUAAUAAACAUGUUAUUAUUUAUAACAAACUGGUAUAUAAGAAACUGUACAGACACGAAACUCAAGACGACACUAUAAUUAGCGGAUAAAUUCAGUACCAAAUGAAGUAAAUUUUUAUCUAUUUCAUUUUGGCGCUUAGCUUGUUCGCUGAUCAUAUUGUCGUUAUUUAAAUAAAAUACCACACGUAACAUUAAUACGAAUAUGUUAUAUACAAGAGGCUUUUCUUAUGGGCAAACUGAAUUGUUGCUUUGUUGUUUCAUUGUGGUUUUUUUAUACCUGAAAAUAAUUUUUACUAUAUAUUCAUAUUAGCUCUAAGGUUCUUGACUUAUUUACGAUAAGGCAUGUUCUGUUAUCUUGAAAUGAUUGAUUUCUUUAACACAUCUAAAUGAUCUUUGGCAUAAUUAUAAGGACAUGCAAAAGAUCAUAAGUUAGCGUUAUUUCUUAUGGUAAAUGAAGGUAUAGCAAUGUUCAUGAGUAAGAAAAACAAAAUAGAACUAAUAAAAAUGUAAUAACGAGACAAAGCUUAUGCUAACCGAUAGUUCAAUAAUAUUAUUCCAGUUAUAAUCAUGAUGAUUCGAGCAAUAAUAAAUACAAAAACAAACGUUUAAACACGAUAAUAAUGACAAAACCGCAGGUAAAGUGGAACAGAAACAUUGUGUUACAAAUAAACAUCACUGUGGUUGUUGCUGUAGCAAAACAUGUUUAGAAUCUUCUGAAAAUGUACAUUUGCUGGACAUAUUUGAAGGCUUUCAUUAUCUCCUGUUAGCGUUAAUAUCGCAUAUUUUCACAAUGUUAAGGUCUGUUUGCCUCGGCAUUUUUACUAAGCAAAUACUUCAAGCAUUUCCUUACCAAUCGGUACUUAUAGAAUAUUAAUCAUUUUUAAAAAGAAUGAAUCAAUGUCAAUCCACUCAACAAACAGAUAAACGUAUCAGAGUUCCGCAAAAGACUGAAAGAAAGCUCUCAGAAAAAUAUAAUAUCGUCUUGGCAAAUUCGGUAACAGCCAGCUCUUGAUCAGCUUUGACGGCCUUUCAAAUGAAAAUGAAUGAUUUCUGACUGCUUCCUCGAAAAAAUUAACACGGUUGGAUGAUAAUUGUUUGUGCACGAGCUCAUUUGCUAUUUUUACAAAAUUUGCAGGACGGCAAAAAAUUCACAAGCUAACCAAACAUUCUCAAUAUACCUGUGUGUUACAGUGCGCUUUUGAAAGAAAAUCAUAAAAGCAAAUCAAUGACCUUUUCAUUUGCUAAUAUUUACUAAAACAGAUAGGUUAAAAACAGACAAUAUAGAAAAAGAUUUCUUAAGAAAAAGCCGCCAAUAAAAUUGUACAAAAAUAUGUCUUUCAUACAUGGGUUAUGUUUUAAUAACAAUGACUGUAGAAAAGUGAUCAGUUGGUCCAUUCAAUGUGCAACAGAUUUGAAAAGUGCAGGGCGUGCAGGGUUACUGCAACGAAGAGCCGUUGUUUGCCUGUGAACGGCAUUGAUUGCGGAAUCAGAUUUUUCCAUCUUUCUCUGGAGUCAUUUAGGAACACAUUGACAAUAGCAGUGUUAAAGAAGAGCAAAAUGAAUAGCAAGCACUUGUUGCCUGAGAAUACUAGAGCUGUGUCAACAAAACAAAUAAAACACAUGAAGCGGGGCCUUUACCACCAGUGAAUUUCCCCUGAUAGUUGUGAAAUGAUUCUAUUUGGUUGUUAUUUUAGCGAGGAAACGCAAGCGCGCACAAUCACAGCAAAAGCGCCGCUCAAUCGCUCUUUUGUGGCGGGAUGUCCGCGAAACGAUGAUAUUAACGUUUUCUAUGCAAUGUGCAAAAGUUUAAGCGGCUGACGAUUUGGAUCACUAAAACAUGUAUGGUCGGUUGUUCUUUAAGGUCUUGUUGAACAUAGGAAGAAAAAGGGAAGCGAACUUUGCGAAACAAUAAGACAAUCACACAAUGCAGUGCGCUCAACAAAUGUUUUCACCAUUUCAUUGUGACAAAGAAAUAGAGCUGCUUACAAGCCUAGCGAAGCCCUAAGAGCAUUAAAAGGGUCGUCAACAGCCUUCUAUUUCGAAGAUGAAACAGAGAAUAAGGGUGUGACCUCGAAUUUAGCAUUAACAUUGAUAUCUGAAUGCAUCUGGUGAGACAUGCUUAACGCACCAAACAGAUAUUCAAAUACAAAUUUCUUCAGAAUUUCAAAGAUCUUCGCUCUUAUAUUUUCGGUGCGAAUUUAACGAGUCAUUUUUGCGGAAAAUGUAUGUAAUUUUGCAAAAGGAAAAUACUGAGCUUUUAGAGACUUUAAUUUGUUUCUUAGAAUUAAAAAAACCCAUAAUUUUAAACAUUUUCUAACAUGAAUCUAGGAAACUAGAGACAAAGUUAUCAAAUAGCAAGAAAGCAUCGUUAACUUUACUGGCUGAAAUAAAGCUAAUUAAAAUUUUUCAACUUAUGCUGUGUUCGUUAGGCUAAAUGCAAAAUUUGCAAGAGCAAUUCAUGCAAAUUCUGAAAUUCUAAAUAUAGAUUGCUUUGCAUUACAACAGGCAUGGGUUUGCCUGGAAAAAGAAUUUUUGAUACUGCCAGAAAAAACAUCAAAAGUUGAUUGAUAUACCAUAAUUUAAGUGGAAAUUUUUCUUUGUAGUUGUCAAAAAUUUGUUCGAAUAAAACUGAAAACUAUAGAGAUACAGUUACUUAACACGAUAGAUCAUGAAAUCAAGGGCAUAAAACUACUUAAAGGAAUCUAAAAUAGGGUAAAGCGUUUCUGUUCAUUCACAGUUAAAAACCAAUAAAAAACAUACAACUUUGAGUAAAGAUUCGCUAAAACUGUCGAAUGUCGUUGAAGAUUUCUGCUAUAAGUUCACGGUUGUAAAAAUAAAUAACGGCACAAAAUGAUGACAAUAAUGAUAAGAGACCGUGACAGUUUUCUGUUUUUUCGAAAUGCAUAGAAAUAAGUUAGAAAUAUAGUGACUUAUAUGCAAACUAUGGGAAAACUGUAUGAUUUCAUAUUUAUAAGAAUGAAUACCUCUUGACUGAUCUAAAAAGAAUAAUCAAAGAAUCAAACGCAACGACUUCAAGUAAUGAAAUUGAUGGUUCGCUCCAGAACUCAGAUAGAAAAAAGAAAAUAGUUUGAUAGUUAAUAAUUGCAUCUGAAUACACAGGCCUUUUCAAAAGACUAUAUUUUAGGACUUUGCUCUGUUGUAAGUAGUAAAUGAGAUAUGAUAGAGCUGUAAAUAAAGUCAAAUAAAAGCAGAGUGUUGAAUAUUUUUUCUUAGAAGAAUAAGAUCCUAUCCCUGUUUUGCAAAGAUAGGCGCAAAGAUAGGAGUUCUUCAUAUUUAUUAACUUUAGGAGUCUUCUAAAUGGGUUAUACUGAAUUUUUUUUGGGAAAAGCUAGCAAGAUUUUUCCGAAAACUAUCAAAAUGCCCCUGUUGAAUUAAAGAGUUAUAUUUCAGUAGCCUCAAAUACAAGCAUAUGCUUGGAUGCUGGGUAAAAGAAGUUUAGCCUGUUGAGGAAAAAUCAAAAUAACUGGCUUCUUCAGGGAGUUCUUAGACUUGUGGGACAGCUGGUUAUUUUGUAAGACAUAAAUCUUAUUAACUUAUUUUGCACGCGCAAGGAAUAUGAUUUUGACUUUUUUUAAAAUUAAAGCCUGAUUCUUUUGCAAACUGGUGUGGCUAGCUUGAAAUUCAGUUGGGGUUUACCGUAAUGUAUCCGGGAUCAUUACAGCAAGUUAUUGAUAUACAAUAAUAUAUCGAUUAAAUAUUGACGAGCUCCAGGUGUCAUAAGCACCUCUUUUAUGCCCCAAACAUGAAAGAAAUGGCAAUCUUUAUUCAUGAUGCAACACCAUUCGUGACAAACUUUCACGGAGAGAUAUCUCCGUAUGAGGAGUUUUCCCACAGAAUAGAAGGGCAUGGUUUCAUGGGAAGUAAAAUGCUUUCGCACUGCUUUAAAUUUGUUCCAGAAGAGCAAAUACCCAAUACAACUGGGUAAGCUCACAUCGAUUUUUAAAAAGCCUGCAGGGUUUUCGCGGAAGGCCUUUUCAGCUACAAUAUAUAGUUUUGGAAUCUGCAUAUGAAGCGACUCUCUGAAACCCUACAAAACACUGACAACAUGAAAGACAUGAUAAACCUUCUAUUUUAUAAAACGAUUUAAAAUUUGUAGACUACAAUAGCCUUUGAGUUUUCAAGCAAUUGAAUGGAAAGUGAUCAGGAUAAUUAGAAAUUUCUUUAAAACAUAGAAAACAACCACAAUUCGCCAUGCAUCCUUAGUAGUUUAACUUAGAAAACGCACAGACAUCUCAGGUACACUAACUGUCUGUGGGAAUACACUUAGUCCUUUAUGUAAACAAGCCCUACCAAAGCGGGUUAAUGCGAGACUUUGGGCUUUGAAUCGUAACCACAGUUCGCCACCCCUACGUUACAAUCAAGGUUUCAAAGCCAGGAAAAAAGGGCAGAAAAUGAACAAAAAUUUAAAAAUUAUUGUCUUGAUCAACUUAAACAAACUGGAAACUGCUUUCUAGUUUCAUAUCAGCAUUUUAGACUUUGUUUAAGGAUAGGAAGAGAAAUUUUCAUCUUUUUAACAUCAUUUUGCUCGUGAUUAUGUAGGAUGUACUGAAUAAUCCAAGGCUUUCUUUCGACUUUCCUCUUGGUAAAAAGUGACCAGCAUGUAGAAAUUGACAGACUAGAUUAAAUCCAAGAACAAACAAGUAAAAGUUGCAACCAAAAACUCAAAUCUCAAAUGAAUGGAUGGUAGUUAAUCACUGCACAAGCUGGAACGUUAGAAACAGGCAACACGAGCUUUAUCGAAAGAAAUGCUGCAAAAAAGAUCCUGUCUAAUUCAUCUUGAAAAUAAAUUAGCAACGUAUUGCAAAACCAACAACUCAUUUUACCUAACUCAUUCGAUGCUUUGACCUAUUAAAAAAGUACAUAUUCUAGGCAAAAAGUCCUUCAUGAAAACCCUCUCAAAAUCUGUUCGAGCUUUCUCAGUUGUACUGGGUAUUCGGUUUUCUAGAAUGCACUUUCAAACUCUCUUGUAGCAAGCAGAGAGAAUGAAAGCUACUUCAAUUUACUUUUGACAAGAUUCCCUUACUUCUUGUCAAAUAAAAGAAAUGAUGGCAACCGAUUCUGGUCAUGCAAAUUAGAAUGAAGUUUAAAUGAGGAAUGUGAAAGAUUUGAGACAUAGAGUACCAGUUUUCACAAUUAUCUUGAGCAUAUCAAAUGAAAUUGUAAACAAAUAUCUGCAGCAUAUGUAGCUUUGCUGAACAAUCUCAAAAUGUUUCAUUGUCUGCUCACUUUGCAGGGUUUAAAAUACUGCUCUCAAGGUGCUCUUCACGUCUUUCUAUGAGUUAAUAUAACUGGCAAAUUAAUUUUCACAAUAGCAAGUAAUUUUGAGCAGGGUACGAGAAGUAUCUACCUCAAAGUAAAAAUGAAAAUUUAGGCUUUAAUUAGAAUCUUGUCGAUAGUAGCUUAACAGUUAUCGUGUACAGAUAAAGCGCUAUGCCUUUAGAAUUAUUCAAUCAUCAUUAGGGCGACUGAGUUCGUUUUUUGUACAUUUUACAAUUCGUUUUUUCUUUUACGGACUUGAUAAUGAUCGGAGCAUCUGUUACAACGGACGGCAAGCUUUAUGGACUUUCAAAGUCCAGUACACCGUGGGAGAGCCUAGCAUGAGAUAUUAUAAGCAGGCUUGCAGCUCGUCGCUGACAGAACAAAAAAGCCUUUGGCAAAGUAGCUCUUUGCUUUCAAAUUUCAAUCCAUAUUGAAAAUUUCUUAAAUUUUUAGAAGCACAUUUUUGGCUGUAGAAAAACAGGUUAAUUGCUGUUUAAACAGAAGAUCUUUUAUGAUAAAAUUUGGCACAAAAAAAUCCGUAGGCGUCCUUGAUUUAGGGGCAGCUGAGAGAAACAUAGUAAGUAGCAUUGUAAUUUCGAUACUAAUAUUUGUUAGACAUGCCUAAAUAUUAUUAGCUGACAAAAUUUGACCCUAUUAGCCAUUAUCUUAAUAACAAAACCAACAUAAAAGGGGUUAUUAAGAAGAUAGAAAACAAUAAAGAGCAAGAAAUAUUUUAUCUCUAAGGUUUUAUUAUCAAGCAAAAUUUCAAUUAGACGACUAAACUUUAGACAACCAACUUGCAAGAAAAGCAAAUGCAAACAAUCGCCAUGAUCUACUGAGCAAUAUUAUAAAAACAAUAUUGAAAAAAUAUUAUAAAAACAAUACUGAAAAAAUAUUAUAAAAACAAUACUGAAAAAAUAUUAUAAAAACAUCAAGUAGGAUGAACUUAUCAAAUCAUAGAAAAGUUUACUCAGCUGAAGACACUUUCAAAAAUCGUACUCAUUGCGGGAAGACUAGUUACUGCUGGAAAACUAUUCCGAACUUGUUAGAUAAAAGGUAGCUUCGUUAAUUCUUAUUAAAUCAUUAUUAUUUUAAUUACAUUUAUAAAUUCAUAUCUUUCAACUAAAUCGCCAACCAUAAAAAAGUCAACAAAAUGGUCUUCAACAAGAUACACCAGAAGCUAUCGCAUAGUAAAUCUUUCUACAGUACAGCAGUGUAAUCACAAUUCUUGUGACGUAAUGAUAUUUCACGAAGAAUUUUGAUAUCUUUAAAAGCCAGCGUAUUUUUAAUUAACAUACUUCUGCGAUAUUUCAUGUAUUUGUCGAUUCACAGAUCAGAAACCAAAGCCAGCUAAUCAAAUGUUCGGUCAUUGAAUAAGGAAACGAACAAAUAUAUCCAAUUUGCACACCAUCCUGAAGAUGUGCGUGUAAAAUAAGCAAAAGAUAGUACAUGACAAGUGAAUUUAAACAAUCACAAUUUCCUGUUAAUUUUCCGUACUCAUCAUCUUUCCGCAUGGUGUAGUGUAUUGAAUUUUUGUUCUCUGGAAAACAUGAUUCACACAGCCCAUGCUAGCAGUUGAACAAAGAUUCACGAUUGUAAGAAAUUCGAUUGUUAGAAUUAAAAACAGCAAAAUGGGGAAAUUUUACAAAAUAUUUUUCACCAGACAUUUGUAAAGUUCUAAGCAUCUCACUUCUCAAACAUUCCGGUUUUUGUUCCAUCUUUUCAGAAAAGACGACUUUCAAAAUAAAUGUUGCAUGAUUUAAAAAUUAACGCCCGAAAUCUUACGUUUAUUUGGUAAGAAGCAUUCUAUAUUUACUCCAAGAACUAUAAACAUCGUUAUAAACUUCCCUAAUAAAAUCCCUGUGUAGAAAAUUCAAAUUUUCAGCAAAAGUUAAUUACACUUUGACUGACUGUAUCAUAUCGGCACUGCAAAGCGCAAAAACGUUGAUCAUAAUUUUCCCUAAAGAUUCGAAUAUUAAUCUAAGGUCUCCUUACAUAAAUCUAUAUCCUAUACGAAUUUUAAAUAGGCAAUAGCUAUCUGAAACCAAAUGUACAAAAUAAUUCUUGAAAAGAAAUUUAUGUCAUAGAAAAUUAUGAAAAUAUCCAAUGGAGUACUAGUGAAUAAUACUGGAUGCAAAUUUUAAAGUUCACGAAAUCACGAACCAAAACAGCUGCCUUGAACAACUGAUACAAACUGAUAAAAACUACUAUUGGCUGAGUAUAUACAGAAAAUCUCGUUUUCACAAAACACAACUGCACUUCUCAAUGUUAAAUGUUUUUGACACAGCAUUAAAAAAUACACAAUAACAUUUGUUUCUGGCUAACAUGCUGCCUCUGCGCAGGCGCAGGUACCAAACAACUUGGCACGGAAGCCCAGAAGUUAGAGCAUAUUAUUGCCUGAAAUAAGAAUAAUUGUGGAUAGUGUAAACCCAAUGAAUAUAUCCUAUUACAAUCUAUUUGAAACAAUAAAUGUUAGCGAAUAAUUUGAAUAAGGUGCACAAUUUUUAUGAAUUAACGCAUCCAGCUGUUUAACCGAAAGGCUCUCUGAAGCACAUGUGCCAAGUGAUGAAUGUUAUUUUUGCUAAGUUUUGUUCAAUACAACUAUUUAGAUGUGACCACAGAACGAUGAAUUGUUAAGAGAAUAACCUAGGAUUUAAUAGCUUUCACUGGCCUUUGCUGAAUUAACGCCAUUGAUUACCAAUUAGACAAGAAGCGGGUAGUUGGAAUGACUUUGUAACAAAAGCACACUACUUCUUGAUAAAAAUCCUAUUAUGUGUCAAACCGAUGUAAAUUAAACUUUAUUUCUUUUAUAAUCUUGCUUUAAAGCGUCUACUGGAUUCAUAAAAAGCUCUCAGAGCAACGUUCUAGCAAAUACCAAUGUGGUUAUUUUGUACUGGCAAGUUAGUGGGAAUCAACAAAAUGUGACUCCUCAGUACAUUUUGGUACUCGAACCAGACUCCAUUGAAGCAAUAGGCGAAAAGGCGAACCAACAGCAUCAUGCUAUAUUGUUUCAUAAAUCACGUGGUCACUCGGUUUUCUAAUCAACAGCACGGGCAUAGCGUAUUAGCACAGAUCUUAAUAAACAACAAUGAGGCGGGUGCAGCGAUCGUAAACACACCAGACCGAAGUUGCGGAGUUGGCGUACACAACGUGGAGUAGCAGAUGAGCAAAAACGUAGCCGAGAUGAAAUCAGAUUUUUCCAUGGCAUCCAUUUUAGAGGGGAGCAGUGGCAGCCCGAAGAAAUCUCCCGAUACGAGUCCUAAGACUGAAGUAUCAUCGAAUCCAGGAAGUCCGGACUUGGAAAACAGAGAGACGAGUGGGGAGAGCAGAGAAUGUGUAAGGGUAAUGCUGGAUGAUGUUGAUUUGUGGAGAAGCUUUCAUCAACUCACAAACGAAAUGAUUGUCACAAAAAACGGAAGACGAAUGUUCCCUGUUUUAAAGACAACGAUUCGAGGACUGGAUCCUCAGGCUAUGUAUUCCAUUCUUUUGGAUUUCGUUGCUGUUGAUUCACAUAGAUGGAAGUACGUUAAUGGCGAAUGGUCACACAGUGGUAAGCCUGAACCAACUCCUCCGAGUCAGGUAUACGUGCAUCCGGACUCACCAAACUUCGGAACUCAUUGGAUGAAAAACCCCAUAGUCUUCUCUAAAGUCAAGUUAACUAACAAAGAAAGCAGCAACAACCAAGUGGUGAUGCUCAAUUCACUGCACAAGUAUGAGCCUAGAAUUCACAUCAUGCGAGUAGGUGGACCAGACCCAGAGAAGAGAGUUUCCACGCAUACAUUUGCAGAAACCCAAUUCAUUGCAGUUACAGCUUACCAAAACGAAGAGAUAACGGCUCUGAAAAUCAAGUUCAACCCAUUUGCCAAGGCAUUCCUUGAUGCCAAAGAAAGGGCAGAGCAACGUGACAUCAUCGAAAGAAGUUCCAUGAUGAGCUACGGUCCUUCCUGCAGCUGCUGUCAUCCAUCUGGUCCAUACAGCCCACCGUCUCAUCUUCCACCGCAACACACGAUCGGCCUUCCUCCUCUCCUUCUCAGACCGGAAAUGCGCAUGCUAGAUCCACACCAGUCUCCUUGCCACAGGCUCGGUCUCAAAUUGCAUCGCCAUGCACCGUAUAGAAUAAGCCAUCCAAUAGACGACUCAGACUCACGACCGCCAAUGUGCUCAUCACCUCCAUCACACAGCUGCCCACGAUCAAGCUCUCCAGAGAGACAUAGGCAUGUUUCUUCGCGGCACCCAGUUGACGACGAACAUAUCAAAAUAAUUGAAUCGAUGCGACAUAGUCAUUCGAUAUCCGACCGCCUCAAAGAGGAGAGCUACCUACGAGAUAUGUCACGUGGUCACCCAUGCGAAGGACAUGGUCACUCCUCUCAUCCAGUCCCUUAUGUGCAUCUGUCACCAAGAUCUGGUGCACCGUACUACAAUGGUCACAAGGUCCUACCUUCAGUCUGCCAUAGAUCACCAAUAAGAUCCAGGAGCCGAAAUCACAGAUUAUCACCACCUACACCCUACUCUAGCUCUUCACAUCAUGACAGUACACGCAGAGACUCUCCACAUGAAUUUGAUGAGUCGCCAAGGCACAUGAAACACCUCUCGGCAAAGCAUUGAUAAAGUGGUAUAGACGUCCUUAGAAAAAUUUCAAUUGAAACAAUAAAAAACGGCUUGAACAAUCAAUAAUUUCAUUACAAGGAAAAGUAAGCUUGGAAAAAAUGGAUUUCACCACUCUGAAAAUGCAAAAAAUCUAGAAAUAUUAAUGAACCAAAUGCCAGUAAAGAUAAAACAUGAAUCUGAGAAGUUUAUAUAGCCAAGAAAGUUAAAUUGCUUUGAAAAUUUCACAAUUUGUUGCAUUUUGCUAAAACCAUAAUGAAAAUUAGACUUUUAAAUGCAUCAAAUAGUAAAGACUGACUGAGCUCAUUGAAAUCCAAGCAAUUUUCCGUUUUAAUAACAAGAAUAUUAACCUAUUUAUUCAAACUCUCGGCAAAGAAGAUUUGCUUUGAGUUAAAACAGGUAGUUCAAUUCAAUGAUAUGCCUUGUAAAUAUUUCUAACUUAGAGUAACUUAUCAAAAGUUUAGCUUUGCGGUGUCUGGUUUUUUCACGCAUCUAAUUCUCAGCAGAAAGUCAGUCACAUCAAUCAGAUUAGACUAGAUAUUUUGUUUUCUCCUUGCACAGCAAAAGUAUGUGAAAUGGCAAGCUGGGAGGCUAUCUAGCUGGCCUAUUUGCUAAAACCUCUGACAACUUAGGCCAAAACACUAAAUUCUAUGAUGAUAAACAAAAGAAAUACAGAUGUGAGAUAAACUGACAGUUGGGAAUGAUGCAAUGAAGUAAGCGUUGAAUAGCAAUAAUUUACGCUAAGCUAUCAUUGCUUUGUUAAAUACAACGACGGAGCACAUUUUAAUGUCAUUAAUGUACAGAAUAUGUAAAGAUUUUAGCACUGUAUCGCAUCGUAUACAAACAACGUUUCGUGAAGGAUAUAAAUAUUAUUUGAAAAUUUGAGUGAAAGUA